CUCUCUAUAUAUCUAUAUCUCAAUCAUAAGGUGAUCAUUGUAUUUUAUUUUUCAUUCAAAUCUCUCUCUCUCUCUCCUCUCUCCUCUCUCCUCCCUUAUUAUUAGGUGAUCAUAUUUUCUUGAUACCUCUCUCUCUCUCUCUCUCUCUUUCUCUCACCAUGUCAAGCCCCUCACCUCACUCCAUGGCCAUCUCCAAAUUGAUCACCACCACCCUAACACUCCUCCUCCUCCUCCUCCUCAUCACCACCCCCACACCAGCCACAUCCGACGACGGCUCGUCGACCGAGUGCCCGUACCCGUGCCUACCUCCGCCGACCUCCGUCGCAGGCAACUACUACCCUCCUCCGCCACCGCCCUACGCUCCGACCGCCUACGGUUACCCUCCUCCUCCUCCUCAGCUGCCGCCGUACUCCUACUCUCCCCCCUCCUACGCUUACCCCGCGCCUCCGCCCCCCGACCCGAUCCUCCCCUACUUCCCUUUCUACUACAAGCACCCGCUCGUUCCUUCGGCGGCGGCGGUCGCGGUUGCGUCGGCUACUGUUACGUGCAUGGGUGCAAUUUUGCUAGCCAUUUUUGUAGCGUUUGUUCUCUCGUAAUUAAUUCACAUUUAGGUAUUUAUGUUUAUAUGUGGUGUAUAUGUAUAUGUGUUUCUUUUGGAUUUGCUACAUAUAUAUGUCUAUAUAUAUAUGCACUUUGUGAUCGAACUGGUAAAUUAAAGGUGAGUUGCACCAUGAGUGUAUUCUCCUACUUAUAACACAAUGUUCAUGUUUGUUACUCAAUCAGGAUCCUAAUUUUUGUUGUUUU